UGAGCAACAAUAUAAUGGCAGCAAAAGGAAAUUCACUUCAGUUGCGAGCGAGCCAUAAGAAUGAACGGACAUCAUCUAUCUCAUAAAAACAGCCAUAAGAAAAUUGUAUAACAAUAAUUAAAAGAAAAAAAGAACUAAAGAAACGAUCUUUCUAACUAAAUCUUCUUAAAUGCUUAAAAUUAUAUCAACCAAACCAUAGAUACGAUAACGCCACCACAAAAGCACUAUAGGCACACUAUCGCCAACGUCGAUGAAGAUCAUCAUCAUGAUAAUUAAUAAUUUGUUGUAGCAUAUCCUUAAGUAUAUAACACUUGAUAAACAAUAACAAAAGCAAACAACCAAAGAAAAUCAUAUAUAAUUCCAAAGAUUAAUAUUUUACAAAAAAAAACUUACAAUUUAAACAAAAUAAAUAGUGAUAGUGAUAUUCAGCAUUUUUAUACAAUUUAUUUUGUUAAAAAAGUCGUCAAUUAAAAGCAAAACGAGAAAAAAGUAAAUUCAAACUUAAAUCAAGACAACGAGUAGUAAGAAGCAUGACGGCCGAGACACUCAAACCAUUCAUAACACCCACAAGUGCUGAAAACUAUGUGACAACAGAUUCAAGUGCAUCAGCAUCACAUCAUCGUCGUAGUUGCUACUUCCUUGCAAUUACCGCAAGUGUGAUUACAGUUAUUUUAACAGCAGCAUUACUGGGCAUUACGAUAUGGAAUACAACGCGCAUUUCAAACUUGCAAACAGAAGUUCAAAGUUUAAAUAGAGUUAUCGACAAUUUGCACAAACGUUUGGGUCUCACAUAUCUGGACGACUUAAAUGAUUUCGAAAAAGAGGAGGAGAAUAACAAUGCUCUAAUUGAUGAUGUACUUCCCGAUGCAGACGACGACGAUGAUAAUGACCAUGAAAAUAUGAGUGGAGAUGAUGAUGAAGACGAGGAUGAUGACGAUGAUGAUUACGAAGAUUAUGAAGAGCUUAUGAAUAAAUUCCGACACUAUCAAGAAACUGAAGAUGACGAAGAAGAAACCGAUGGUGUUGACUCCUUGGGCGAUGAUAACUUAUAUGAUGAUUUUGAAAAAUUCAACGAUUCCAAAAAUAAACAUCAAGGUGAAAGAAAAACCAGAUCGGUGAGUGUCUACGAUAAUGAAAAUUUUGAAGAAAAAGACUCUCACGAACGUCAACAUAUUUUAAGAUCUUUGAAAGGUAGCUAUCCUAAAUCGAUAGUUGCUAGUGAAAAUUUCGAAAGACAUCGCAGUCCUCUCAGAAUUCACAACCAUCGCAAACGCAAAUUUCCUUUGCUGAAAAAUGGUGAUUCUUUAAUUUCAGCUAAACAUGUAACUCCUAGAACUACAAAUGUACUGGAAUUUAAGCCGGCAGCACAUUUUCAUAUUAAUCACUCAGUACCCUACCACCAACAUGAUAUGCAAAUAACUAACCAAAAGGGUGAUGUUUAUAUUGGAAAACCCAGUGCCAGCAAUGAAUUGAGUGUUGAGCACUUUUUUAAUGUUGAAAACGGUGUUAUAAGAGUACGACAGCCCGGUCUUUAUUUUGUCUAUGCUCAAAUUUGCUAUAGAAAUAAUUACCCGCAAAAUGGUUUCUCUAUAUUCCAUAGAGAAAAACCAUUCCUGCAAUGUUUGCAUAACACCUUUAGCAACAAUGUUCCACUUAUCAAUACGUGUCACACAAGUGGUCUUAUCAAUCUGGAGAACGAUGAUCAGCUUCAUAUCCGUGAUUUUCAUUCGAGUCGCAAUCCAUAUUUAAGCGAUAAAAGUGAGCGAAGUUUUUUCGGUUUAAUUAAAAUUUAAUAAGUUAUAAAUAAGAAUAGUUACUAAAAAACGCAAAAACAUUAUAAAAAUUUUGUAUUUAUACAUAGUCAAUAAACAUUUAUAAGAUAAAUUAU